AGAAGAAGAAGAAGAAGAAGAAGAAGACGAGACGACUGGAGUCUUCUGAGGAGAGGGGAACAUUACACGAUCUGCUGCUUCCGCACAGAAAUGCAUGUUUACAAGUGCAGACAAGCAUCACACCAUCAGGAAGAAAUGGAAUUUACAAAGACUGAGUUUAUUAAAGAGGAAAGUGAGAACAUGAGUGAUCCAGAACCCUGCAGAAUGAAACGCACUGAAGAACAGCGAGACCCGAUGGAGGAGAACGAGGAGAGUGAAGAACUGAGUGAAGUGGAGGAGAAACCUCAUGUCAAACCUGAAGAAAAACCUUUGAGUCACUCAAAAACUAAAAAGACAGUUUUAAAGAAAAAAAGACCUGAGAAAUCUUUCAGCUGCACUGAGUGUGGAACGAGUUUCACAUACAAAAACGCUCUUGAGAUUCACAUGAGAAUCCACACAGGAGAAAAGCCGCACGCAUGUGAUCAAUGUGAAAAGAGUUUCCCAUACAAACAAAGUCUUGUGUUUCACAUGAGAGUUCAUACUGGAGAGAAGCCGUUCACAUGUGAUCAGUGUGGAAAGAGUUUCAUACAUUCAUCAAACUUUAAACGGCACAUGAAGAUCCACACUGGAGAAAAGCCGUUCACAUGUGAUCAAUGUGGCAAAACAUUUCUUAGGGCAUCAGAACUGAAGACACACCUGAUAGUUCAUACGAAGGAGAAGCCACAUUCAUGUUCUUCAUGUGGAAAGAGUUUUUCACAGCUGGAAAGUUUAAAAUCCCAUCAGAAAUUACAUAACGCUGUGAGAGAUCAUGUGUGCUUUACAUGUGGGAAGACUUUUGCUUCAGUGAAUGUUUUAAAACGGCACCAGAGGAUUCACACUGGAGAAAAACCUUACAAGUGUUCACACUGUGACAAGAGAUUUCGUUGGUCAGUAGAUCUGAAAAGACAUGAGACGUUCCACACUGGAGAGAAACCGCACACGUGUGAUCAGUGCGGGAAGAGCUUCACACGCAAACAAAGUUUUAGAAUCCACAUGAGGAUCCACACAGGAGAGAAGCCGUACGCAUGUGAUCAAUGUGGAAAGAGUUUCACGUGUACAUCAAACCUCAAAGGACACAUGAAAAUCCACACCGGAGAAAAGCCACAUGCAUGUGAUCAAUGCGGCAAAACAUUUCUUGUUUCAUCAGCCCUGAAGAAACACCUGACAGUUCAUAUGAAGGAGAAGCCAUUUUCAUGUUCUUUAUGUGGAAAGAGUUUUUCAUGGCAGCAAAGUUUAAAAUCCCAUCAGAAAUUGCAUAACGCUGUGAGAGAUCAUGUGUGCUUUCAGUGUGGGAAGACUUUUGCUUUGGUGAAUCUUUUAAAACGGCACCAGAUGAAUCACACUGGAGAAAAACCUUACAAGUGUUCACACUGUGACAAGAGAUUCAGUUGGUCAGUAGAUCUGAAAAGUCAUGAGACAAUCCACACUGGAGAGAAACCACACACGUGUGAUCAGUGCGGGAAGAGCUUCACACGCAAACAAAGUCUUCGAGCACACAUGAGGGUCUCACCGUCAGUGAUUUCACCAAUAAAUGCUGGAAUUUUCCCAUCAGUUUACAAGUGCAGACAAGCAUCAAACCAUCAGGAAGAAAUGAAAUUUGCAAAGACUGAGUUUAUUAAAGAGGAAAGUGAGAACAUGAGUGAUCCAGAACCCUGCAGAAUGAAACACACUGAAGAACAGCGAGACCCGAUAGAGGAGAAGGAGGAGAGUGAAGAACUGAGUGAAGUGGAGGAGAAACCUCAUGUCCAACCUGAAGAGAAACCUCUGAGUCACUCGAAAACUAAAAAUAAAUUUAAGAAAAGAAGACCUGAGAAAUCUUUCAGCUGCACUGAGUGUGGAACGAGUUUCACAUACAAAAACGCUCUUGAGAUUCACAUGAGAAUCCACACAGGAGAAAAGCCGCACGCAUGUGAUCAAUGUGAAAAGAGUUUCCCAUACAAACAAAGUCUUAAGGUUCACAUGAGAGUUCAUACUGGAGAGAGACCGUAUGCAUGUGAUCAAUGUGGAAAGAGUUUCCCAUACAGACGAAGUCUUGUGUUUCACAUGAGAGUUCAUACUGGAGAGAAGCCGUUCACAUGUGAUCAGUGUGGAAAGAGUUUCAUACAUUCAUCAAACUUUAAACGGCACAUGAAGAUCCACACUGGAGAAAAGCCGUUCACAUGUGAUCAAUGUGGCAAAACAUUUCUUAGGGCAUCACAACUGAAGACACACUUGAUAGUUCAUACGAAGGAGAAGCCACAUUCAUGUUCUUCAUGUGGAAAGAGUUUUUCACAGCUGGAAAGUUUAAAAUCCCAUCAGAAAUUACAUAAUGCUGUGAGGGAUUAUGUGUGCUUUGCAUGUGGGAAGACUUUUGCUUCAGUGAAUGUUUUAAAACGGCACCAGAGGAUUCACACUGGAGAAAAACCUUACAAGUGUUCACAAUGUGACAAGAGAUUUCGUUGGUCAGUAGAUCUGAAAAGACAUGAGCAGAUCCACACUGGGGAGAAACCGCACACGUGUGAUCAGUGCGGGAAGAGCUUCACACGAAAACAAAGUUUUAGAGUCCACAUGAGAAUCCACACAGGAGAGAAGCCGUACGCAUGUGAUCAAUGUGGAAAGAGUUUCUCAUUAAAACAAAGUUUUGAUGUUCACAUGAGAAUCCACACCGGAGAAAAGCCGUACGCAUGUGAUCAAUGCGGCAAAACAUUUCUUGAUUCAUCAGCCUUGAAGAAACACCUGACCGUUCAUACGAAAGAGAAGCCACAUUCAUGUUCUUUAUGUGGGAAGAGUUUUUCACGGCUGGAGGGUUUAAAAUCCCAUCAGAAAUUCCAUAAUGCUGUGAGAGAUUAUGUGUGCUUUGCAUGUGGGAAGACUUUUGCUUCAGUGAAUAAACUUAACCUUGAAAAUAAUGUAGAGUCCAUCAAUAAGAAGGCAAGACAACGGCUUGGUCGUCUUAGAAAACUGUGGAGUUUUAACAUUAGUACACACGGUAACUAUGGCAUAUAG